AAUAAUUGACAAAUGAUGAAUUGCUGUGCCCAGAGUAAUGUGACGGAUGAUGGCAAAAAGAUCAUACCACCCACCAAACCAAUGUCAUGCGCAAAAUCUUGGCUGCAAGAGCAAACGCGAAAAACAUUCAAAAAGAAGAUUCUACACAAACGAAUACCCAUCUUAAGGUGGCUGCCCAAAUAUAAUAGCGAGGAUGCGGUUGGCGAUUUAGUGGCUGGCAUAACAGUUGGCUUAACUGUUAUACCACAAGCCUUGGCCUACUCCGGUAUAGCCGGUUUGCCAGCAGCGUACGGUCUCUAUGGUUCCUUUUUGGGUUGUUUCGUUUACAUAUUCCUGGGCAGUUGUAAAGAUGUUCCCGUUGGCCCCUCCGCCAUUGUGGCCUUGUUAACAUUUCAAGUCGCCCAAGGCUCAUGGCAAAAAUCUGUCCUUUUGUGUUUAAUGUGUGGCAUCGUGGAAAUGUUAAUGGGCCUUUUUGGUCUUGGAUUUCUAAUAGAUUUUGUCUCCGGGCCUGUAUCCUCUGGUUUUACAUCGGCUGUAUCGUUAAUCAUUUUAACAUCGCAGGUGAAAAAUAUCCUCGGUAUAUCAGCCAAAGGUACAACAUUUGUAGAAAUCUGGACAGAAAUUAUACAUAACAUUAAGGAUGUUCGGGCAUCGGAUACGAUAUUGGGCAUUACCUGUAUUGUUGUGCUGCUUAUUAUGAGGCUCUUGCCAUCCUGUAAAAUUGGCCCCAAAGAGCCGCACUUACGCACCAAGGCACAAAAUGUGAUUAACAAAAUAAUUUGGAUUGUUGGUACAUCACGCAAUGCCAUCUUGGUUAUCGUAUGUUGUAUUAUGGGUGUCCUACUGCACUCGUAUAACGAGGGAACACCCUUUAAAGUUAUUGGUUACAUACCACAAGGUCUGCCCAGUUUCGCCCUGCCACCUACCCACCUAAGUGUCAAUGAAACUCUCAGUGGAAAGGAGGAAUCGUUUGUUGAUAUGAUGCGUAGCAUGGGUUCGGGAUUAAUUGUGAUACCAUUGAUAUCGCUGAUGGAAAAUAUUGCCAUUUGUAAGGCAUUUGCUAAUGGCAAACCCGUUGAUGCCUCCCAGGAAUUAAUUGCCAUUGGUGCAGCCAAUAUUGCCAAUUCCUUUGUCCAAGGUUUCCCCGGUACGGGUGCAUUAAGUCGUGGUGCUGUCAACAAUGCCAGUGGGGUGCGCACUCCCCUUAGCAACAUCUAUUCUGGAGCUUUGGUCAUUAUUUCCUUGAUCUUCUUUACACCCUAUUUCUAUUAUAUACCCAAUGCCACAUUGGCGGCCAUUAUUAUUGCCGCUGUCGUGUUUAUGGUGGAGGUUAAGGUUGUCAAACCCAUGUGGAGGGCGAAAAAAAGCGAUUUACUUCCCGGCCUCGUUACCUUCAUUGCCUGUUUGGUUUUGCCCCUAGAAAUGGGUAUUUUAAUUGGUGUGGGCCUCAAUGUCAUCUUCAUUUUGUACAGUGCUGCUCGCCCCAAAUUGUCCACCGAAAUCUUGACCACUCCCGGUGGCACAGAAUAUCUAAUGAUUACCCCAGAUCGUUGCAUCAUCUUCCCCUCUGUGGACUAUGUACGCAAUUUGGUGAAUAAACAAUCGCUGCGUAACAAUGUUCCCGUCGUGAUAGAUGCCUCUCACAUUUAUGGUGCUGAUUUUACAGCAGCCACGGUCAUUGAAUCUCUUCUGCGGGACUUUGCAUCCCGACGCCAGCUUAUAUUUUUCUACAAUCUCAAACCAAGUAUUUGUGCAAUAUUUGAAAGUCUAUCGCCCACGGAAUUUGUGGUCUACUAUCAGGAACAUCAGCUGGAUGAACUGCUCAAGGAACGAGACUAUUCUCAGGAUAAAUUGCAAACGGUGGGAGUUUAA